AGCAAUAAAAGAGAAAAGAUGGGAUGGGUGCAGCUGCCCCCUUCUCUUCCUCUCAAUAAAUUUGGAUCGCCAGCACUUCAUCAUCUUUCAAGCGCUUCUUUCUUCUAUUUCCAGAACCGACAAACAACUCAACCCGAACAAUGCAUUUGACCGAGAAUGAAGGGAUAGAAAAUAACAAUUUCGCCGUCACCGGUGGGCUUGGGUUCGUCGGCUCCGCACUUUGCCUCGAGCUGAUGCGUAGAGGUGCUCGCCAGGUCCGAGCCUUUGACGUUCGUCCUACUUCUCCUUGGUCUCAUCAACUCACCAGCCGUGGAGUUCACUGCAUUCGAGGAGAUCUCACCCGCAAAAGUGAUGUUGAAAAAGCUUUACGUGGUGUGGACUGUGUAUUCCACCUUGCUUCAUUUGGCAUGUCAGGGAAAGAAAUGAUCCGUUUUGGUCGUGUUGAUGAGGUCAAUAUUAACGGAACCUGCCAUGUUCUGGAAGCGUGCAUUGAGUUUGGGAUCAAAAGGCUUGUUUAUGUGAGCACAUAUAAUGUUGUCUUUGGGGGAAAGCAGAUUGUUAAUGGGAAUGAAUCAUUACCUUAUUUCCCUACUGAUGACCAUGUUGAUUCAUAUGGCCGUAGUAAAUCCAUUGCUGAACAGUUAGUUCUGAAGUACAACGGCCGUCCUCUCAAUUUUUAUCCUGGAAGAAUGAGAGUGCUGAGGAAGAAUAAUGGAAAACGGCUUUAUACAUGUGCAAUUCGUCCAGCUGCUAUUUAUGGGCCAGGUGAAGAGAGGCAUAUGCCAAGGAUUGUAUCCUAUGCAAAGUUGGGUCUGAUGCCUUUUAGAAUUGGUGAUGCAAAUGUGAAAACAGACUGGGUUUACGUGGAUAACCUUGUGCUUGCUCUAAUAUUGGCUAGCAUGGGACUUUUAGAUGACAUUCCCAAUAGUGGAGGACAUCCAGUUGCUGCUGGACAGCCAUACUUCAUAUCUGAUGGAUCUCCAAUCAACAGUUUUGAAUUUCUCCAACCUCUUUUGAAAAGCCUCAAUUAUGAUAUGCCAAAGGCUUCUCUAUCUGUCCCCCAUGCUCUUAUUCUUGGAAAGAUUUUCGGGGCUAUCUAUACACUGUUGUAUCCAUGGUUGAACCGAUGGUGGCUUCCUCAGCCUUUUAUCCUUCCUGCAGAAGUAUACAAGGUUGGUGUGACCCAUUAUUUCUCAUUCCUUAAAGCUAAGGAGGAGCUUGGCUAUGUUCCAAUGGUGACUCCCCGAGAGGGCAUGGCUGCAACUAUCGCAUAUUGGCAAGAGAAGAAAAGGAAAAGUCUGGAUGGGCCUACCAUAUAUAUAUGGUUGUUUGCUGUGAUUGGAAUGUCUACAUUGUUCUGUGCUGCUUACUUACCAGACAUAGGACCGGUGCCACUUUUCAGAGCUAUCAGUCUUUUCUUCUUGCGGUCAAUGCGGAUGAUAAGGACAGUAUUUCUGCUAGCUUCAGCAGCGCAUAUCGGAGAGUCUAUAUAUGCAUGGCACCUAGCGAAAAGGGUAGAUCCUGCUAAUGCAAGAGGAUGGUUUUGGCAGACGUUAGCUCUUGGGAUCUUUUCAUUGCGUUUUCUGUUAAAGAGGGCCGGGAAGUGAGUCUCGCUCCGGAUUCUCAAUUGUAUCCCCCUAUACAUGGUGCCAUAGUUUAGAGCCACUUUCAGUACUUUUAUGUUUAUGGAAUAAAAAGUUAUAAAUUUUUAUAUUUA